GAGAUUUAAAUGGUUCAAUUGUGAAAAACCCGAAGUGCACGAAUGAAAACUUCGUCCUGACCGAAUGCCUUUGUAGAAAACGUUGAAACCGGGGAUCCCACGACGAGUCGCUCAAGAUACGAGAGAGCUUUGAGUAGAGGUCCAAACCCCAAGGUCCGACUUGCAGUCCGAAGUGCAGUUUUGCACACCUCUGUUGUCAAGUUAGUUGUGAAGCUGCGACCGCCAGUGCACCGUUCCGUGCGACCCUUUUGCUCCGAAAUGCAGUGGUGGGGGAUGUCAGCGCCACUCCGAACGGGCGAAUGCAGUGUUCUUACUGCUGCAUUUGCGAUACGACUUGCGUUUAUGAUAUACGGCAUGUAUCAGGACGCUCGCGCGGGUUUACCUUUCACGGAUAUCGAUUACGGGGUGUUCACAGACGCUGCGAGGUUCGUCACACUUGGUGAUUCCCCUUACGAAAGGGACACGUUUCGCUACUCGCCAGUUCUCGCGUUCACCUGUGUCCUUAACGUCACUUCCCACCCACUGGUCGGAAAGGCAUUUUUUGUGGUCGGGGAUCUUGUGUCUUGGGUGCUGAUCAAGAAGGUGUUGAGUCAACAGGGAGGUAGCGAAACAAAGUCACUCUCUGCAGCGUAUUUAUUUAACCCGUAUACGAUAACGAUGUCUACUCGUGGUAGUUGUGAAUCUUUGACUGCGUUCCUUCUGAUGUUAAUUGUGUGUUGCCUCCAAUGCGAAGAUACUUUUCGAGCAGCAUCGUGCUUUGCCUUUGCAACCCUUUUUCGCUUGUAUCCUAUCAUUUACUCAGUGCCGCUGCUACUCUAUAUCGACAAACAAGGUUCGAUAUUCGUGCAUGAAGUGGAUCAGAAGGUACCCGCACGCACUCAUGAUUUGACAACUGCGGCAGUUGUUGGACACCAGACUUCAUGCGCUUCUACUGGCACAAGUUUGUUAAAAGGCAUGUUUUCUCCAAGGAAAGUGUAUUUUUGUACAGUGGCUGCUAGUCUGUCAAUUGCGUGUGUAGCAUACUAUCAAUUAUGGUAUGGAAUGGAUUUUUUUAGAGAAACAUUCGUCCAUCACAUGAAACGAGUAGAUAUUCGCCACAACUUUUCAAUGUCGUUCUACAGUGCGUAUCUCGCGACUGAAGGUAACAGUAUUUUUAUGGCCGAAAACUUCCAAUCGAGGUACACCUGCCUCAUUCCACACAUAACUGUUAUCCUGGUUAUUGGCAUUAAGUAUGCAUCCGAUUUGCCUUUCUGCCUAUUCAUGCAAACAUUUGCAUUUGUCACGCUCAACAGUGUAUGCACAGCUCAAUACUUUGUUUGGUAUCUGUGCUUAUUUCCUCUUUGUGUGCCAAACAUUAACAUUCUGCGGUGCCUGGGAGAAUGGAACUCGGCGAAUCGUAGUACAGUUAAUAGUAAGGACGUGCCGAACCGCAUAGCACAGAGCAGAAGACGAAAACGCCGCAUUGAUUCGCCGAUAUUCACAUGCACGUGUAUAGUCAGCUGGUUUACAACUCAAAUCGGCUGGCUAGUGACUGCCUACUCGUUGGAGUUCACCGGAGUUUGUAACUUUUGGCCACUAUGGGCAUUAAGUACACUGUUCUUAUCUGUGAAUACCUGGUCCAUAGUUCUGAUGACUUCGAUGCACACACCGGCGACCAUGCGCAGAUGUUUCACUUCACCGAAUGACGUAACAGCAGCAGAGCUCGUGAGAUAA